AUGGGUUUAGAUAUCAAGCUGUUUCGUGACGAAGACACCGCCAACUUGGUGCGUGAGUCCCAGCGUCGGCGGUUUGCUGACCCUGCCGCUGUAGACAAAGUCAUUGAGCUCGACAAAAAAUGGCGAGAGACUCAAUAUCUCACAGAGUCAACAAAAAAAAUGAUUAAUAGUUGUAGCAAGGCUGUAAGUGCGAAGAAGAAGGCAAAGGAAGUGAAUGGUGAGGCGUCUGAAAUCCCAGCAGAUAUUAUUGACGAAAUGAAAAGAGGGCAGUUGAAUACUGAGAGGCUUGAUAGUCUUUGUAUUCUGCAGCUCAUAGAGCUGUCGAAGGUGCUUUCCGCCCAUGUGAGCAAUCUGGGUAAGGAUGCGGAUGAAUUGGUAGCAGAGAGGGACAAAAUACUCUCUGAGGUGGGCAAUAUCCUUCACGAGAGUGUGCCCGUCGCCCAGGAUGAGGAUAUCGGCAACCAGGUGAUCCGUACCUGGGGCGACGUCACAUGCCGCAAAAAGUUCAAUCACGUCGACGUGAUGGAGCGGCUUGGCCUCAUGGACACCUCGAAGGCGGUCACCGCGAUGUCGGGCGGGCGGGCCUUUGUUCUUCGUGGAGGCCUCGUGCAGCUCCAGGUUGCCCUUAUCUCGUAUGGCCUAAACUUUCUCAUCCAGCGCGGCUACGAGCCUUUCUACCCACCUUUUUUUCUCAACAAAGAUGUGACCGCCGAGGUCGCACAGCUUUCCGAAUUUGACGAUGCGCUUUACAAAGUAUCCGGCGACGGGGAUGAUAAGUACCUGAUCGCCACCAGCGAAAUGUCCAUCGCGGCUUAUCACCGCGGGAAAUGGUUUACGGAGCUGAAGGAGCCGAUCAAGUUUGCCGGAAUGUCGUCCUGCUUCCGAAAGGAGGCUGGCGCGCACGGACGCGACACACUUGGCAUCUUCCGUGUUCACCAGUUUGACAAGAUUGAGCAGUUUAUCGUGUGUUCCCCACGUGAAGAUGCAUCGUGGCAAAUGCUUGAAGAGCUCAUCAAAACUUCCCAGGACUUCAAUGAAAGCCUUGGCCUGCCCUAUCGUGUCGUUUCCAUCUGCUCAGGUGCCCUUAACAAUGCGGCCGCUAAGAAAUAUGACCUGGAGGGGUGGUUCCCCGGCUCAGGUGCGUUCCGUGAACUAGUCUCAUGCUCUAACUGCACUGAUUAUCAAGCGCGAUCGGUAAACUGUCGUUACGGACCCAACCUCCGUGGGACCUCGGUUAAUGCCGUCAAAGAGUAUUGUCAUAUGUUGAAUGGUACGCUGUGCGCUGUCACACGAGUGAUGUGCUCUAUCUGUGAGAACUUUCAAACUGAUGAAGGCGUCAUCAUACCAGAGGUGCUUCGGCCGUACAUGAUGGGAGUACAGAUGCUCAAGUACCCCAAGGAAGUCCCUGCCGCUGAGUCAAAGUAA